GAUAAUACUCGAUACCUCUCUACGAUGGUACUGUCGUCACAUACACUAUCGAUAACUUUAUGUAUUCGAGGUUUUGUUGGUAAACGAUGCACGGUGUCAACAUUGACGCGGUAAUCAUGCGCUGAUGGGACACGUUGGUUGUAGAGGUAGUCAGUGUAGCGUGCGAGCAGCGGUCUCGAAAUACUAUUACAAUGAUAGGAGACAGAUGCUAACCAUUCGCUGAUAAAGUAGUUUCAAGAAUAUACCCGGACGAAAUGUUUUGGUAUAUAUUUUUAUUAGUAUCCAGUGUAAAACUUUUGCUUAUCCCAACAUACCGUUCAACAGAUUUUGAAGUUCAUCGUAAUUGGCUCGCCGUAACUCAUAGCCUACCGAUCAAGGAGUGGUACAAUGACACAACUUCAGAGUGGACGCUUGAUUACCCACCUUUCUUCGCCUGGUUUGAGUACAUUCUGUCGCACAUUGCACAAUUCUUUGAUCCUGAAAUGCUAAAAGUUACGAACCUCAAUUAUGCAUCCUAUUCUACAGUUUUGUUCCAAAGACUGUCUGUAAUUGUAGCAGACCUCAUGCUAGCUUUUGGUACAAAAGAGUGCUGCCAGUAUUUGAGUGCAAGUGGAGUUAGAAAAAGCAGUAAAUGGAAAUCUCGUUGGAAGUCUCCGGCUACAGUCCUGCAAGUCCUGCUUCUGUGCAAUGCUGGCCUUCUGUUGGUUGACCACAUACACUUCCAAUACAAUGGCAUGUUGUUUGGUGUCUUGCUCAUGUCAAUUGCAAGAAUGUUACAGGGUUGCACUAUGGAAUCUGCAGUCUGGUUCUGUAUCCUUCUCAAUUUGAAGCAUAUUUUUGCAUAUGUAGCACCAGCAUAUUUUAUAUAUUUGCUUCGCAAUUACUGUUUUGAUUCAACUCAACCAGUGACUUGGAGCAGAUUCUCAAUGACAAAAUUUUGUCAACUUUCAGUGGUGGUUGCAAGCAUUUUUAUGAUCUCAUUUGGACCGUUCAUAGUGUUGGGUCAGUUUGCACAGGUCAUGUCACGCCUAUUCCCUUUUAAACGAGGUUUGUGUCAUGCAUAUUGGGCACCGAAUUUUUGGGCUCUCUACAAUGUAGCUGACAAGGCAGCAGCCUUUGUUGGCAGGAAAUUAGGAAUGAAUUUGCAACAUAGCUCUGCUGUGAUGACAGGUGGACUUGUGCAAGAAUUUGAGCACACUAUACUGCCUUCUGUCUCUCCGAAAAUGACUUUCAUGUUAACUCUGGUGUCUAUACUGCCAGCAAUUAUGAAGCUGUGGUAUUCACCUGGCAACCCACUUCAUUUUGUGCGCUGUGUUAUCUUGUGUGCUGGGGCCUCCUUCAUUUUUGGAUGGCACGUCCAUGAGAAAGCUAUUCUCAUGGUAAUAAUACCCUUAAGCUUGAUGGCUGUGGUAUGGAAGAAGGAAGCCCAGGCAUAUCUUCUGCUGGCUGUUGCUGGCCAUUACUCUCUUUUUCCAUUGAUCUUCACUGCAGCCGAGUUGCCAAUCAAGAUACUACUGCUGCUUAUGCAUUCAGUGUAUUCUUUCUUUAGCCUGUCGGGCUUGUUUGAUGUACAGGGCAUGGAACGCACUUGGGCAUUACCACUAAUGUCCAAGGCUGAAUCAGUCUACCUCCUGGGUUUGUUUCCACUGUUUAUAUUUGAGACUGUUGUGCACUCACUGCUGAAUCUGAAGACAUCUCUUCCCUUCCUACCUCUUCUCCUGACUUCAGUUUACUGUUCCAUUGGUAUUAUUUAUGCAUGGCUGAAAUAUUACCAACAUUUCUUAUCCACUAAUGAAGUCAAUCACAAGCGAAAAGCACACUGACAGUGACUUUUAUAGUUCACCCCACUACUAAAUAACAUCAAAGCAUUCCUGAUGACAGCAUGGUGUGUAAGUUGAAGUGUUUACUUGACCUGGAUACAACAGAAAAUGUAGCAUGCAUCUUGUCAUAACCAUUUAAUGCCUUUAAUACCUUCAAGUGAAGCACAAGCCAUAGCUUAUCACAUAUAAUAGUAGUGCAGAACUAAUGCUCUUUUACGUUCUGGUCAGCAGUCGAAGCUUGCAUUAAACUGUUCUUUAUUUGC